AAUCUCCCCAUUCCCCAUGGCGUUUGUGGUGCGUUCUGAGCGGCGGAUGCUCGCCGACAUGAUGCCGGCAGGGCCGUCGGACGUGGGGCCAGGUUCUUACAUCGCUCACCACGAGUACAGACGGCUCAAGGGGUAAGAGAAAGCACACGAGGGAGAUGCGGCUCACCCAGGUACCUUUCUGUUCUUGUUUUGCCUCAGCACAGCGCCCUUUGGUUCUACAGAGAGCAGGAACGAGCCUCCACCGGCGCUGUCGCUGUCCCCGAUAACCGGAGGGCCAGGACCAGGUGAUGCGUCCAUACGUAUGCGGUCGAGGUGCGUGGAUGAAUCUCUUCUCUUCUGUUUCAGGAACAUACGACCCUCAAUUGCCGAGUGGGUGCCAUGUUCAUAUAUCACGAGAGUGUAGAUGUAGGGCGGCCCUUCCUUGAUUUGUUGGUGCAGGUCCUGCCUUCUUUGACCCCGGUCUGCCGCGACGAGCCGCAGCCUUCCAUGUGUCGGUCAGCCACCGAGCACUCCCUCUGCUUCUUGUUCCAUCGUUACCUUUGUCCGCACAGAGUGACCGGUGGGACAGCCAGUCGGCAUUCGGGGGGGCCGGCAAGGACUUCCCUGGCCCAGGUGCCUACAAUACCAAGCUGUUCUCGCCCCGCAGAGGCGAGAAGGGCGAAAGAGGCGUCGGAGCGGGCGGGAUGGUUGAAAUGGCGCGACAAGGCGGCAGGAACCUUCCUGUGUCGGGCACUGUGGCACUCACGACCAACCUGUUGCCUCAGCCAGGGGAGCGCGACGACGAGCGGGAGCGUCGGCUGGUGUCUGCACCGUCCAUCCCUGCCUAUCGGCAGUGCUUUGGGUAUGAAGAAGACGAAGUGGGGCGCCUCGUGAGACAGCCCUGCCCUGAGAACGUGAGCGGCGGCUUGUCAAAGGAUAGUGAGUCAUCUGUCUGUUGCGUGUAUAGUGGCUGGACGGCACCCCCCGGCGACGUGUCGGUCCGGGGGAAUACAUGCCGAACGAUUAUUGGUCGUCAGGUCGCAUCCGGACAGACAGAGGUACAGACAGACAUCAAUACAGAGACACGAAGCGUGGGCUAUCUCUGCCCCCCUUGGUGGCAGCUCUCAACUGGUCUCGCUUAUCUGGCCGACGCGACAUGGUCCUCAACAACAACCCCGGACCAGGUGGGCAAAUACAGAGCCGAAUCCUUUCCCUUUAUUCGCUAUCAUGGACUCUCGCCAGGCACGUACACGGCCAAGCGUCUAGUCAAGCCAUCUCGGUUGACAUCUGCCUUUGCUUCCGGCACGCGAAGAGCUCCGCCAGGGCCCCUCGAAAGAAGUCAGAUAGGGAGAUAAAGAGCAGCCGGGCUGUUGGCAUUGUUUCUUUCUCCGCGGUUGUGCAGGAGUUGAGUCGGCUACUCCUGCGAGGGGUCAGCGUGAGUCGACCGAGAGCCUGGCACAGCCACAGUCCAUCGCACCAUUGGAGCCCCCAGGGCCAGGUAGACAGACCCACGUCUUCGUCUUCCCCUUCACAAGUGCACUUCACAAGUGGCAUUUCCUUGUUUUCCAAACAGGGGCCUACGAGUUCCCUCCCACCAUUCAGCCCAAAAGAAUAGCCGAAGAGCACCAGUUCUUCGGUCAGCAUGCAUAGAAUGCACUUCUCCAUAAGUCAGGUGCCUCUUGUUUGUCGUCCCAGGCACAUCUGCUGAGCGUUUUCCACGGUACGACACCAACCCAAGCCCUGGACCAGGCAAGGAGACCCACAUGCAUAGCUAGAUAGACCAGCCGUGGAGGCACAUCCCUGCGCGCCUUUCGCUGUUCUGCAGCUGCAUAUGCUGUCGAGAGGGAGUUCCUAAACUUCAAUGAGCUGCGGGUGAGACCAUCGACACAGGGAGAACAAGAGUGUCUCAUUGGACAUCGUUGACAUGUCUCCGUUUGGUCCUCAGGGUCCCGUUUUCUCACGAGGCGCCGACCGAUUCCAGCCAAGGAGACGCAGCCAGGCAGCCCCAGGGCCGGGGGCCUACAACCUCUCAGGCCACACCAUCAGCGGCAUCCACGGCAAUGACCUGGACGGCAGGUCACCCCAACACUCCCUCACCACCAGCGGCAGUCUCCGCAACCUGGUUCGCAGCACGUCCCCACCCAUGCGGGCUGCGCGAGGCGGCCCUGCAUUCGGAGGGUCUGAGAGGAGAUUCUGCACACUGUCUGAGGCAGAGUGCCCUGGGCCAGGCGCGUAUGACGGCACCAGUGACGGCUUCAGGGGUGCAGACGGCCGGCGGUCGGCUGCCUUCGCAUCCAAGGCCCGACGGCUCGACUUUCAGGCUUCAGUUGUCAAGCGUACGCAUGUCAUCGAGCAGGCCAUGCACACCCGGCACACGUCUAUCAUGUCAUUCUUCAGGUGCUCAAGGUUUGCCGAGUCCAGCCGACUACGUCAGUCCCGUGGCGUUUGUGUCUUGCCGCCCCAAACACAUACCCACGAAAUCUGAGGGGUUCCUCUCCACAGCCCUGCGGGAUGUCUCUAGCGUGCCGCCAGGUGGGCACCAUCAUCGAUUUCGUGCAUCGUUUGCCUUUGCACACUGCCACGUCGUACAGACCUGAGGAGCCGGCCCGGCCCGGGUCAAUAUGAGUCCGAGUUUGGGACGAUGCAGCAGAACAGGUGAGACACGAUGUGUCUGUCGGGUUCGCCAUUCAUGGAUGGGAUGCCCUUUUGCGUGUCACUCCAGGGCCCAGUCUGCCCAGCGGUAUCGCUACACGCCGGUCUCGGCGGCAUUCAGUACCUCGGUGGGGCAGCCACAGCACAGCACAGACACACAUCGCGCAUAUCAUAGGGCAUAAUUGCGUGCUGUCUUUAUCCCGGCAGGCGGGGCGAUUUGCCGGAGAGAGGCGCUCUGUGUCGCCUGGGCCAGGUCAGCACAGCAGCGCCAUUACUUUGUGUGGGUGAAUGGAUUGCUGUGUGUGUCACUCACGGGUGCCUGCAGGGGAGUAUGACUAUGACAGGGGUGGCAGAGAUUGGACGAAGCAGACCUUCAACUGCCUUUUUGGCGAUGUACUCUGAGAGCCUGCCUACGUGUCUGCCUGCCCCUUUGCGUGCUUGGACGGCAUAUUUGUGUUGUGUCUGCCAUCCAUGUGUAUGGCUGAAGGCGAGAGCGAUUAAGACGUGAAGUGAGAUGUCUUGCACGUGGUGCAUUCACGGAAGGGAACACAUCUGUUCCAUUGACUGUAC